GGGCAGAAUACCUUGCUAGAGCUGAAGAGGAUAUCAGUAACAAUGCAAAGUCUGAGGAAUCUAACCGCCUACGCCUUCACUUUGUUGCUGGUCGCAACGUUUGUGUCCCAAACUUGGAGCGCACCGAAGGGUGGCUAUCAGCGUAGAAACUGGACACCCCAGGCAAUGUUGUAUUUGAAGGGAACACAGGGACGGAGGUUUGUCCCAGAAGAAGUGAAAGAGAGAGAUGUCUAUGACACUCUACAUUUAGAGACUCGUAGUCAGAAUAUAGAGAAGCUGAGUGUAUCCAAAGCGGCUGCAAUUCUCCUUAAUUUUCUUCAACGGGCCAAAGAGGAAGGGGAGAACAGUGAACCACAGGCUUACUUUCCAGAUGUUCCAGGAUGGAAACAAGACUACUUCUGAGCGAAUAUAUAUAUAUAUAUA